AUGACUCUUCGCGACCUGAAGGCAAACCCCACGGAGGGGUUGCCGAGUUCUACCAAAGAAACCCGGACCCUGUCGCCGAUGGCGAGUCUCCAAGCACCAGUGCAGCUCCACUCGCCUCCAUCCCCCGGUUCACACAGGACCUUGAGGAGAUUGCAAUCGGCUCAUAGCUUGGGUGCAAAAGUCGCCGGCCAGGGUUCUCUGAUUACCCAGCAGAGGCUGCAACAGCAGCAGCAGCAGCAGCAGCAGCAUAUUCAACACCAUCCUCCCACCCAGCAGCAGCAUGCUCGAAUCCUGAACCCCCCCCCUAUCCCUCCUCGCAGACAUGUAAACACCACCAACCGGUCGCCACAACGAGGACGCGCCAACAGCGACGCACCCAUUACAGUUCCUUCCCCCCACACAUUCGGAGCAGCCAUGACAGCCACGCGACGUUCCGCUUUGAAUAAGCGGUCCCCCGCCGCCGAUGCCAUGUCUCUCGACAAACUCUUGCGAGAAGGGCCUCCAAACGGAGAUAUCGAGGGUGCUUUGGAGAGCAGCCGGCUGAAGAUUCUUGAUCAGGGCAUCAAGGCAGACAGCGACGGCAUGACCGAUUCAUACCUUGCACUUAUCCAUCGUGGCGCGUCACCCGCAUACUCAAAAAUUCGUAAUGAUACCUUCCGCACUCUCACAACUGAUCCUCUUUUCCGACGGCGUGUGAGCGAGGCGAGCCUGAUCCGCCUACUCAACGCCAUUGCCUGGAAACUCCAUGAUGCCCGCGCAGAACGCACUCGGGAGCCCAGCAUAUGCAGCAGUUCCCGCCAGUCUCUUGACCAACCCAACAGUCGGCCGGGAACGGGCUAUGGGAGCGGCUAUGAUUCCAACCCAACCUCGCCCAUGUCGAAACAUCGAGCCCGUGCUCUGACGCUUACAACGGAGGGUUCUGAGGCAAGCAUGCCUCUUGAUCCAGGAACUUACGUCCAGGGAAUGAAUGUUCUGGCAGCACCCUUCUUGUACGCCGCUCGCAGUGAGGCCGAGGCUUUCAUUGCUUUCCACCAGCUUCUGACCAAGGAGCUGCCCGGCUACAUUCGUGGUGCUAUGGAUGGUGUGCACAAAGGGCUGGCAUUGGUCGACAAAGUGCUCUCCAUUGUAGACCCCAAGCUCAGCCUGUAUUUGCUCUCGAAAAACCUGACGGCUGAAAUAUACGCCUUUCCCUCUGUUUUGACGCUCUGCGCCUGCACCCCCCCGCUCCCCGAAGUCCUUCGUCUCUGGGACUUUCUUUUUGCAUAUGGGCCUCACCUCAACAUCCUUUGUAUCGUUGCACAGUUGGUAAUGAUCCGAACCAAAAUUAUGGAAUCUCCAAGCCCAAAUAAGCUUUUGAGGUCCUUCCCAGCUCUUCAAGCUGACCAGAUCAAACGUACAACCCUCGCCAUCAUCAAGAUGAUUCCCGAUGAUGUCUACUCCGAUAUCAUUGCCCAUGCCCGAUAA